CGCUACGUUUACAGGCAAAACAACACAAAGACUUCCAAAGGGUUUUGUCUCGAGGUUCACCGAUGGACUCGGAGGACGAUAUGCACGACGCGAACGACGCCGAUUCGCUGGAGGAUUACUACAGCGGCGAUACGGCGGCGGACUGCACCGACAACGACUUCGAUUACGACGGCGCCGACUACGAGUUCAUGGACAACUACUCCGAUGACUCCGGUGACGUCUUGGUCACUCGCCAACAGAAAAAUUAUAUUGUCUUGAAAGAAGAUGAUAUACGCCAGCGUCAAGAAGAUGAUAUCACAACAGUUUCCACCAUUCUGUCCAUCUCAAAAGUAGCUGCAAGCAUUCUACUUCGACACUAUCAUUGGAGUGUGAGUAACGUGCAUGAGGCAUGGUUUACCGAUGAAGAUGCAGUCCGUAUGUCUGUGGGCCUGUUGGAACGAUCAGCAGUUCAAUUUCCAAAUGCUAAAGAACUGACUUGCGGGAUCUGUUUUGAUAGCUAUCCACUUGAUAGAAUUUGCUCUGCUGCUUGUGGUCAUCCCUUUUGCAGUUCGUGCUGGAGAGCUUACAUGAGCACAGCUGUCGAUGGUGGCCCUGGAUGUUUGAUGCUGAGAUGCCCUGAUCCAUCUUGUAGUUCCGCUGUCGGUCAAGAUAUGAUCAAUCUAUUGGUAUCUGAGUUAGAUAAGGAGAAGUAUGCUCGUUACCUUCUACGUUCUUAUGUUGAAGACAACAGAAAGACCAAGUGGUGUCCUGCACCAGGCUGUGAGUAUGCUAUUGAAUAUGUUGCUGGUAGUGGGGGCUAUGAUGUUUCUUGCACUUGCUCAUAUGGAUUUUGUUGGAAUUGUACAGAAGAAGCUCACCGUCCCGUGGACUGCCGUACUGUAGCCCAGUGGAUUUUGAAAAACAGUGCAGAGUCUGAAAAUAUGAAUUGGAUACUAGCUAAUUCCAAGCCUUGUCCAAAAUGCAAGCGACCGAUUGAAAAAAACCAAGGUUGUAUGCACAUGACAUGCACACCUCCCUGCAAAUUUGAAUUCUGCUGGCUAUGCCUUGGUGCAUGGACUGAUCAUGGAGAGAGGACAGGUGGUUUCUAUGCAUGUAACCGUUAUGAGGCAGCUAAGCAAGAGGGAGUGUAUGAUGAAACCGAGAGGAGGAGAGAAAUGGCUAAAAACUCCCUUGAGAGAUAUACUCACUAUUAUGAACGGUGGGCAACCAAUCAAUCGUCUAGGCAAAAAGCUCUUGCUGACUUGCACCAAAUGCAGACUGUGCAUCUUGAGAAACUUAGUGACAAACAAUCUCAACCUGAAUCACAGCUCAAGUUCAUUCUAGAGGCAUGGCUACAGAUAGUUGAAUGCCGGCGAGUGUUAAAAUGGACCUAUGCAUAUGGAUACUACCUACCUGAGCUUGAACAUGCUAAGAGGCAGUUUUUUGAAUACUUGCAAGGUGAGGCUGAGGCUGGGUUAGAAAGGCUUCAUCAAUGUGCUGAGAAGGAUCUACAAAAUUACCUUAUUGCUGAUGCACCUUCAAAUGAUUUUAAUGAUUUUCGUACAAAGCUGGCUGGACUGACUAGCGUUACGCGAAAUUACUUUGAGAACUUGGUGAGAGCAUUAGAGAAUGGUCUCUCAGAUGUGGGCUCCCAAGGAGGUUGCAGCAGCAAGGCAGCAAGCUCGAAAAGCAUUGGAAUUCCUGUCAAGGGGAAAGGUGGAAGAGGAAAAGGAGCUUCCCGGGGUGGUAGUAGAGACUUGGAUAAUUCAGGCAAUUGGUUAUGUGAUCAGUGCACUUGCGUGAAUAUCAAAAUGGCAAGCACAUGUAAGAUUUGCCACCACCACCGAUGAAACACACAACCACAACCCUGUGAUGGUGGUUUGCCCUAGAAUGGUGGAAGAGUAAGCGGGAGAGAUGCGAUAAAACUGUCGUCAAAGGAGGACAAGAAUGGGGUGUUUAGGACGGCACUUAUGCUCGUAAAAAGAAACGAGAAAAGAAACAUGGAGGGAAAGAAACAAGAAAAGAAGAAUUGAGACGUAGCCAUGUUUGAUAUUUUCUUAGAAAUAUGAUGAUAGGAACCACUGUCUGUGUGUGUGUGUGUGUGUGUGUGUGUGUGUGUGUCUGUAUCAGCUAUCUAUCAAUUUGCUUGUCAUUGUUGUUGAAGCUUAAUUGUGACAUCUCUUAAUGGAUAGAGGCAAAUGUAAAGCUACUCAUUUGCAUAUGCCUCUAGUUUCUGCUUUAGAAGGCUGAACUAUUGGCCUUGAAAUGUAUAAUGGAAGGAAGAAUGUUUUUUGGCUUCUGUAAAUUGAUCUUUACUUUUCAUUUUCC